CAUUCUCCACCUUUUUUAUGGCUCACUGUUAUUUGUUUUAGUUCGGCUGACAAGUCCAUGGUCCAAGAUAUGCUCCUGGAAUUGAAUGGGGCGAAUCCCAUCCUGAUCGCUCGGGAUGCUCUGCAUGAACAUGAUACCGAGGUCAGAGUGCACCCGUGUGACUGGAAGGGGGGCUGCAGGAUGCACAUUCCUGUGGAGCUCAAGCAGGUUUCUAAACAUCUCAAGCAACAUCAUGAUAUCAACACUAGUGCCACCAGCGGGGACACGCAAAAAAUCGCCUGUCUUUGGACUGGUUGUCUCGAUACCCAUAUGAAACCAGGCAAUCUCUCACGUCAUGUCCUGACGCAACAUCUUGGGGUACGAUGGAUUUGCUCGAAUUGUGGGUCUUCAUUCUCGCGAGAGGAUGCCUUUCGACGACAUUCGCUCGAAAGUUUGAGCUGCCAGUCUGCGGAAGUCGUUGUUGACUACGGAGACGGAUCACGGGUGAUUGACCUAGUGUACAUUGAUGGAGGCUGGUCGGCUAGCCAGAACGUCAUAUUGAUAUAGUCCUCGGUGUUACCUUACAGUGACAUCCCUAUUGUUUUGUAUUCCAACCUCGUAUGUAUCUCCCUAUAGCUCCUGCAAUCCGUCAUUAGUAAUGUCCUACCGUAUACUCCUACUUGGUUAAUCUACACUAUUUGUACU